AAUUAAUAUUUAAUGGUGAUCUCAACACCUUGUAUUCAUUCGUAUUGCGUCGUGUCGGACUAAAAGAAAAAAGCAGACAGACAGACAUUACUCUGCCUCACAAAUCUCAGAGAGAGAAAGCACAUAAAUUCUAGAGAGAGAAAUUAAAUAAAGAUGGGAGAUUGCAGGAGAGUAGGCGUGGCAGUGGAUUUCUCACCGUGCAGCAGAAAAGCUCUGAAGUGGGCUAUUGAUAACCUCACCCGGAGCGGCGAUCACCUGAUUCUCGUCACCGUGCGCCCCGAAGGCUACUAUGAGUCCGGCGAGAUGCAGCUCUGGGAGGCCACCGGUUCUCCGUUGAUUCCUCUGAGCGAUUUGACGAACGCACACAUCAUGAAGAAAUACGGGCUGACCCCCGAUCCCGAAACAUUGGAUAUGGUCUCCACCGCAGCAAGUCAGAAAGAGAUCACUGUGCUCAUGAAAAUCUACUGGGGCGAUGCUCGAGAGAAGCUAUGUGAAUCCAUCGACAACGUUCCACUCGACUCCCUUGUCAUCGGAAACAGAGGCCUCGGCAAAAUCAAAAGGGCUAUUAUGGGGAGUGUCAGCAACUUUGUGGUGAACAAUGCUACAUGUCCGGUUACCGUUGUGAAGAGCCACGACUAAAACGGGGUCGAGUGAUUUUCUUGUGGAGUUUAUUAUUUGUGUUGUUUUCGAAACUCUGUUUUUUUUAGUGCUCUAAUUGGUAAUAAUUUAUGUUGCCUGUAAUUGAAUGCUGGAAGUUUUUUUAGUUGUGUUUGUGUGCAUCCUGUUGUAAGCUGAAUUUUAGCCAUUUGCAACAUUGGGCAAUUCAAUAAAAUGACAAUUGGAAAAUA